UUUUCUUGUGUUUUUUCUGGUUCAGUAGGGCAAGGCAAGUUAGUUUAAUUCGUUUACGCCGGUGAUUAUAUGAUAACUCCUGAAAAGUAUUAAUUUGUUAAAUUAGUUUUUAAUGUUAUAAAUACGUUUUUGAUAGCUUUGAAGUUGUAGGUUUUUAUAAAUAUAUUAUUAGAUCAAAUAAAAUCAUCAUAUAAGUUUAACUCAGUUUAGGUCCAUUUAGCUUAGGCUUAAGUUUGUGAAAAUGACUUCACAAAUGACAUCUCAAAAUGUUCGACAACAACUUUUACUAGGUACCUCUGGAGGAUCACAUAAAGACCAGGCAGAAAAAUACAGAGCAAUUUUAGACUCCAUCUUAGCAUCAUCAGGAAGUGAUAUUAUCGAUGCAUUGACAGUAUUUAUUGAAGCAAUUGUAAAUGAGGGCGUGAGUUUGGUAAUAUCUCGUCAAAUACUAACUGACAUAAGCUCACAUCUCAUGUCUCUGCCAGACAACAUAUCCAAAGCAGUUUCACACUACACUCUCGACAAGGUUCAGCCUCGUGUGAUAUCGUUUGAAGAGCAAGUGGCCAGUAUAAGACAACACUUGGCCUCUAUAUACGAGCGUGAACAAAACUGGAGAGAUGCAGCCAAUGUUUUAGUUGGAAUCCCUCUUGAAACUGGACAAAAACAAUACUCAGUGGACUAUAAACUUGAGACUUACAUGAAGAUAGCUCGCCUGUAUCUAGAAGAUGAUGAUCCAGUCCAAGCAGAGGCUUACAUAAACAGGGCAUCAUUAUUACAGGCUGAGUCCAAGAAUGAGCAACUGCAGAUUUACUACAAAGUCUGCUACGCCAGAGUUUUGGAUUACAGACGCAAGUUCAUCGAGGCCGCUCAACGCUACAAUGAAUUGUCAUACCGGUCCAUCAUUCACGAAGAUGAGAGAAUGACAGCUUUACGUAACGCGCUUAUCUGUACUAUUCUUGCUUCAGCAGGACAACAAAGAAGCCGGAUGCUUGCGACUCUGUUCAAAGAUGAGCGAUGCCAGCAGUUGCCAGCCUACUCCAUUCUUGAGAAGAUGUAUCUGGACAGAAUCAUUCGCAGAUCAGAACUACAAGAGUUUGAAGCACUGCUACAGCCACACCAAGAAGCCCUUACUGGAGAUGGUUCUACAAUCCUAGAUCGUGCUGUGAUUGAGCACAAUCUGUUGAGUGCUAGCAAGCUGUACAAUAACAUAACAUUUGAGGAGUUGGGAGCACUGCUUGAGAUUCCUCCAUCCAAAGCUGAGAAGAUUGCCAGCCAGAUGAUCACAGAAAGCCGCAUGAACGGCUUUAUUGACCAGAUUGAUUCUAUUCUUCACUUUGAAACUCGGGAAAUCCUGCCAACCUGGGACAAAAAUAUCCAAUCCCUGUGCUACCAAGUUAACCAAAUCAUUGAGAAGAUCUCUAAUGCUGAGCCUGACUGGAUCAGUAAGGCAGUGGAUGAUCAGAUGAUUGUUCAUUGACACCUUGUAAAUAAUUUGUCUGUUCAUUGUAUAAUUUCUAAUAAAUAGCUUUCUUUGUUUUAUUUUAUUCAA